AUGACGUCGCCUGCCGAUCAGCAGAACCCGAUCCCGGCGACCAACACCCCUGCGACCACGGCGACUUCUUAUGCCUCCGCUGCAGGUGCGCCCAAGAAGUCUGCUGCACCGGCGCCCGUAGUCGCCCCCGGUUCCCAACCCGCUGUCGUGGUUGGCGCUUCUUCUGCCUCUCCGGCGCAGAAUGCUAAGGCAGCUUCGCCAUCUCCUCUGAACGGCAAGUCAGCCGUCGCUCCCGCAGUCCCUGCUGUCGCUCGCGGUAUCAACGCCGCGAACGGGUCCGCCUCGGACCACUCCCGCAAGAGCUCCGUCACCAUGGCUGCCAACGGCCCCAGCAGCUAUGCUGCCAACGGCGGUCCGGUCGGCGGUGCCAAGCCUGGCAUCCAGUUCGGCUUCGACUCGCCUGCCAUGGCCCACAGCACCCCACAGACUGGAUCGUCCGCUCCGAUCCCCAUUCCCGGCGGCAACGCGCGUGUGCCCUCUCCGGCACACUCCCCGUCGCCUAUCCCUCAGCCCUCUGCCAGUGGAGGGCGACCUCCCUCUGGCCUCCAGCAGCCCAGUGGCCCAAUGACGUUUGGAAGUCUCGGUAGCGAUGGCGAGCGCCACAUGAGACAGGGCUCUGUCCCUCCGAACCCCGGUGCCAUGGGCGCGCAGCACGGUGCUCACUUCCGACGUGAGUCCGGCCACUCGGUCCAGAGCGACAACCCCGGCGCCCCCAACCGUGGCAACUUCCAGCCACAGGGCGGCCGCGGCCGAGGCGGCUUCAACUCGUACAACAACCAGAUGGGCUACCCCCCCAACAACCAGUUUCGCAAUGGCCCUGGCCAAGGACGUGGCAUGCCCCCGUCGUUCCAGCCACAGCCCCGAAACAUGCCGUACCCGAACUCCCCUCAGCCGAACCGGAGCCCGGCCCUCGUGCCUUCGAUGCCGAACACGCCGAACAUGGCACCUGCCAACAUGCAGCCCAACAUGUCGAUGCAGACUCCGCCCCAAUACCAUUAUCCGCCCCCGAUGGCGCCUCAGCACCAACAAGUACAUCCCCCCGUUCCCAUUGCUUCCUCCAGCAAGAUGCAUUUGAAGCCCCACAAGAAAAACAAGGCACGUCGUGAGCACGACAAGCCGUUUCACUCGGGACGUCAGCCGGAUUCUGCGCGUGAGCUUCAUGGGACCGCCGUCAGCCUUCAUCCACGCCGCUACAGUCAACGUGCGGAUCAGAUGUGGCGCGAGCAAAUCAUGGGCGGCAUGCGUGUGGUAUCCAGCGGCGCCUCGAAGCUUGGCUGUCAAGGACAAGAGCCUCGCCCUCCGUUUGUUGCAAAUGAAAAGCUACCUCCUUCUAUUGAUCUUUCUCCGGAAAACGGAGCAUUUGAACUUUGGCUGACCAUGAAGAAUCAGAGCUUUGGCUACCCUCCUCAGCAGAUGGACCAAUAUGGCCGACCCAUGUCCAUGCCCUACGGCUAUAACAACAUGCCGUACAUGGCGCCUCCCCAGACCAACUCUCCCGGCUACGGUCAGCAGUACGCUCCCCCUCCGUACCAUCCUCAGGCCCACAGCAUGUCGCGCAGCCCUUCGCAACCGGAGCGGCCCUCGAGUGCGAACCACCAAAACCAACCUGUCAUCGUCUCCUCCACCCCCCAGCCUCAGAAUGCGCAGCCCAACCCUGCCGCAAAGAACUUCGUCAAGCCGGGGCGGAAGAGCGCUGCGAUCGCGAUCAAGAAUGCUGCUGGCGAGGUUGUGGACACGUCCAGCUUCAAGCAGCCCGCUUCUCCGGGUCCCAGCGGCCAGCCGUCCAAGACACCGCCCGUUGCUACCUCCACUCCAACUCCACCUCCCAAGUCCUCAACUCCCUCCCACGUGCGGACGGACAGCCAAGCCACCCCUAAGACGGCAAAGGAGAUCCAGGACGAGCUGAAGGAGAAGAUCAAGCAAGCUACCCAGGCUUCCUCUGCCGAGAGCAAGGCCAAGGAGGAACCUGUCGCUACCGCGGCGAAGUCGUCCCCUGAAGCGGAGACCCCUGCUCCGGCUACCGAAACCGCCAAGGCCGAUGUUCCUGCUCCUGAGGCAAAGGCCGAGCAACCCAAGGCUGAGGAACCCAAGAAGGCCGAGGAGCCCAAGAAGGCCGAGGAAUCCAAGAAGGCUGAGGAGCCCAAGAAGGCUGACGAGGCUAAGCCUGCCGAGCCCGCCAAGAGUGCCGACCCCGAGGAGGAUGAAAUCGAGCGCAUGAUCCGCGAAAUGGAGGAGGCUGAUGCCCUGCGUGAGAAGAAGGAAGAGGAGCACCGGAAACAGCGCGAGAUCGAGAAGGCUGCCGCGAAGAAGAAGGAAGAGGAAGAGCGCAAACUCAGCGCCGCCGAUCAAGACCGCAAACUCCGAGAGCAGGAACGCGAAAUGGAGCGCCUCGAGGAGGAGAAGGAGCGGAGACAGAAGGAGGCCGAGGCAUCUGGCAAGUCGGUGUCCGUCGCCGAUGCCCUGGCUCAGCUGCGUACGGGCAAUGAACCCGAAUCAUCCAACGUGGAUUCCGUCACCGACAAGCUUGCCGACAUGAGGAUCGAGGGCGACGCGGCCGCUGAUGCUGCCCAGAAGCCCAGCGCCGAGAAGCGCGGAUCUAAGCCCGCGGCCCUCAACCUCGCGCCGCUCAACACCAAGCCCGUUGAACCGCCGCAGCCGAGCGCUGCCCUCCAGUCUCUCAAGUCGGCUCGUUUCCUGCAGGUCAUGGACCAGGGUAUCUAUCCCGAGGGCAUCAGCUCGCCGAACCCUGCUCUCAACGCUGCCGUCACCAAGAAGGGCAAGACCUUCAAGUACGACGCCAACUUCCUGCUGCAGUUCCAGAAGGUCUUCACGGAGCAGCCCUCGCUCGAGUUCCACCAGCAGGUGAAGUCGCUCAUUGGAGACAGCGAUGGCCGUUCGCGUGCUCAGACACCUGGCCCGAGAGUGAACUCGCGCGGCGCAGGGGGCGGUGCCUUCAACAUGGGCACUUUCAACGCUCCCAUGGGAGGCCGCACCCUGCCUCCUGGGACCACGUCCUCGGAACGGCUGGCCAUGGCCAGCGGUACCAUGCCCCGCCCCCCCAUCAACUCCAUCGGGUCAUUCAGCGCUCGCUCCGGCGCCUUCCCUACUGCUCCAAUGUCGCGAACCUCAUCGCAGUCCAACGCACGGAACAUGCCCAACUCUCCUCGCCAGUCUAGCCGCUCCACUCGUGGAAGCCGACGCAACGACCACGGUGGUGCCAAGGAAGCUCAGGCUGCUAAGACCAUGCCUCUGACUGCCGGCCAAGAGAUUAAACCCAUCACGGUUUCCUCUAGCGGUUGGAAGCCUACCAGCAUCGGCAAGCCCGUUGCGCAGGGUACUCCCGGCGGUUACCUGGAUCCUGAGAUGGUCCAGAGGAAGGUCAAGGCGGCGCUCAACAAGAUGACGCCUGAGAAGUUCGACCGAAUCGCUGACCAGAUCCUCGAGAUUGCCUCGCAAUCCAAGGAUGAGUCCGACGGCCGCACCCUGCGCCAAGUCAUCCAGCUCACCUUUGAAAAGGCUACUGACGAGGCCCACUGGGCAUCAAUGUAUGCCAAGUUCUGCAAGCGCAUGUUGGAGACUAUGAGUCCCGAGGUCCGCGACGAGCGGAUCAAGGACAAGAAUGGCAACGUCGUUAGCGGCGGCCAUCUGUUCCGCAAGUAUCUCCUGAACAGGUGCCAGGAAGAAUUCGAGCGCGGCUGGACCACUCAUCUGCCCGAGCAGAAGGAAUCCGAGGAAGGCGGAGAGAAGGCUGCUGAGAAGGGCGCGGACACGAAGCCUGGUGAGGCGGCCCUGAUGUCGGACGAGUACUACAUCGCCGCUGCCGCGAAGCGACGCGGCCUUGGUCUGGUUCAGUUCAUUGGCGAGCUGUACAAGCUCGGCAUGCUUACUGAACGCAUCAUGCACGAAUGUGUGCACAGACUGGUCGACUACAAGGGCGUCCCCGACGAGGCUGAGAUCGAGUCGCUCAGCAAGCUGCUCCGCACCAUUGGUGCCAACCUGGAUCAGACCGAGAAGGGCCGUCCGAUGAUGGACGCCUACUUCCAGCGCAUCCAGACCAUGGUGGAUCUGCCCGACCUUCCCAGCAGACUCAAGUUCAUGCUCAUGGACGUGGUGGAUCUGCGAAGGGCGAACUGGCACUCGAAGGAGGCCAACAAGGGACCCAAGACUCUGGAAGAGGUCCGCGCAGAGGCGGAGGCUGCCCAAGCUGCCAAGGCCCAAGAAGCUGCCCGAAGCAACCAGCGGGGUGGUGGCCGCCCGCCGGUCGGACGAGGCGAUGCCCGCAACUUCUCCGCGGGUUAUGCCCAGCAGACGAGCAACCAGGUCGGUAUGGACGAUCUGCGGCGUCUCAAGGGAUCCGCCAGCCGGACGUCCAGCCAGAACGUCACACUCGGUCCCACCUCGAUGUUCUCAUCGCGUAGCAACAGCGGUCGCCGCCUUGGACCAGGUGGAUCUCUGGGCCGCCCCGGCGAGGACUCUGGAGCUUCCUCCCGAACAGGGACACCCCCUACUCGGGACACCACGUCCAACUCGAACGCAUUCAGCCUGCUGGCAAACAUGGAGACCGAGCACCCAGCCUCACCCCCGUCUGCAGGACCUUCCCCUUCCUUGGCCAAGGCUGUCCCCGACAGUGACAAGAAGGAGAACGAAUAA